CAUCUACACCGUUCAAGAUGGUGCGCAAAUUGAAGCAUCAUGAGCAGAAGCUCCUGCGGAAAGUCGACUUCAUCAACUACCCUGGCGACGACCAGCAUCGCUCCGCAGCGGUCAUCCGACGAUACUCAGUCUCGAACCCAGCCGAUUACACCUCAUACAAUCGUCUCGCCGGCAAAUUGCGACACCUGGCGCACCGCAUCGCACUUUUGCCACCGGAAUCAGCGUUUCGGAGAAAACAAGAGGAUGUUCUGUUGGAGAAGCUACACGAUAUGGGCUUGCUAGGCAUCGGGGGAGGCGGAAAGGGAAAAUUGAGCGAUGUGGAGAAGAAGAUCACAGUGUCUGCCUUCUGCCGAAGGAGACUGGGUGUUGUCAUGACCAGAUUGAGGAUGUCGGAGACUGUUUCAUCAGCGAACAAGUUCAUCGAGCAAGGUCAUGUUCGUGUGGGAACUGAGGUGGUCACCGAUCCCGCCUUUCUCGUUACCAGGAACAUGGAAGACUUCGUGACAUGGGUCGACUCAUCGAAGAUCAAGAGGAACAUCAUGAAGUACCGUGACAAGCUGGACGACUUUGACCUGCUAUAACAGUCCUGCAUACUGCUCUGACCGGACGAGACACGGACCCUGCACAGCACAUCAUUCCCAAGACUGGCGCCAUGGUUGCUCAGUUGUCCUUGUUCGGAGCUCACGGUUCUGAGAGAUGCCCGGAGC